GACUGGACGCGGGGCGGCGGCGGCAGGGGCGCUGAAGGGGCGGAAAGCGCAGAUCCCCAUUCAGUUGAUCCGAGGUCUGAAAUUAAGUCGCAAAAAGAUGGCCUCAUCUCUUGCUGUCCUGCGAGCGUCUGGACUCUGCGGACGGGGCCUGGGAAGUUGGGCACGGCCCAGAACUCCAAAGUUGAGUGCUAAAGUACCAGCUUCUUGGGCCCCUGCCAGGAUGGCGGCGACCGUGACCUUGGAGCCCGCAGGCCGCAGCCGCUGGGACGAGCCUCUGCGCAUCACUGUGAACGACCUGGCCCGGGGGCAGCCGGUCACGCUGCGAACAUCCCUGCGCGACGAGAAGGGCGCGCUCUUCCGGGCCCACGCGUUCUACAGCGCGGAUGACAGGGGCGAGCUGGACCUGGCGCGCGCGCCCGCGCUGGGCGGCAGCUUCGCCGGGCUGGAGCCCAUGGGGCUCUUCUGGGCCAUGGAGCCCGAGAAGCCCUUCCUGCGGCUGGUGAAGCGGGACGUGCAGACGCCUUUCGCCGUGGAGCUGGAGGUGCUCGAUGGCCACGAGCCCGAGGGAGGGCGGCUCCUCGGCCGGACGGUGCACGAGCGCGAUUUCCUUGCACCUGGGGUGCGGCGGGAGCCGGUGCGCGCGGGCCGGGUGCGCGCCACGCUCUUCCUGCCGCCAGAACCUGGACCCUUUCCUGGGAUUGUGGACAUUUUUGGAGUUGGAGGUGGCCUUCCAGAAUAUCGAGCUAGUCUACUGGCUGGGAAGGGUUUUGCUGUGAUGGCUCUGGCUUAUUAUGGCUAUGAAGACCUCCCCAAGAGCAUAGAAACCCUCCACCUAGAGUACUUUGAAGAAGCUGUGAACUACCUGCUUAAUCACCCUCAGGUAAAGGGCCCAGGAGUUGGGCUGCUUGGGAUUUCUAAAGGAGGUGAUCUCUGCCUCUCCAUGGCCUCGUUCCUGAAGGGCAUCACUGCUGCAGUCAUCAUCAAUGGCUCCGUGGCCAAUGUCGGAGGAGCCUUACACUACAAGGAGGAGACCUUGCAGCCUCUAGGUUUCGACCAAAACCGAAUCAAGGUCACCAAAGACGGCUUUGCAGACAUUGUGGAUGUCCUGAACAGCCCUUUGGAAGGACCCGACCAGAAGAGUUUCAUUCCUGUGGAAAGGUCUGAGAGCACCUUCCUGUUCCUUGUAGGUCAGGAUGACCACAACUGGAAGAGUGAAUUCUUUGCUAAUGAGGCCUCUAAACGCUUACAGGCCCAUGGUAAGGAGAAGCCGCAGAUAAUCUGUUACCCAGGAGUGGGGCACUACAUUGAGCCUCCUUACUUCCCCCUGUGCCGGGCCUCCCUGCACUCCCUGUUGGGCACAAAUGUCAUCUGGGGGGGAGAGCCCAGGGCUCAUGCCAUGGCCCAGGUGGAUGCUUGGAAGCAACUCCAGAUUUUUUUCCACAAACACUUGGGAUAAUCCCACCAACACUGUAAUCUUUUAUUUGUGUGGCAUCUCUGAUGUUAAUUUAUCCUGGGAACCGUGGUUGCAAUUAGUGUGUAAAUGUAGUUUUUUUUCUUUUUAAUAAAUACUUAGUUUUUCCUUCCUUACUGUUAAAAUGAACUUGCCAAUGAAUUUUCAAGAUUUUUGUCAACUACAUGCCUUUUCAGUUGUUUAGGAGGAAAAGAAAACAUAACAGAUGGACAAGGCAUACCUUUCAGUCUCUCCCAACACACAAGGCUUUAGUUCUGAAAGGAAAAGUGAGAAUACUGAUUAAUAGUGACUUGUACAUAAUUGAUGCUCAGUAAUUAUUUAAUUAUUUACUAUUACUUGUUGAAUUUGUUUAAUCCUAUAUAAUAAAAGC